AUGCCGCAUUGUACUGUGCCUUUGUGCACAAAUGGCAGUCGAAAGACCAAAGGAACAGAUAUAAGUUAUCAUAGGUUGCCAAAUGGGCCGCUCAGAAGUGUUUGGUUGCGUAAUUUACGUCGAGAGAACCCUCGUGAGCGUGCGAAUACGUAUGUCUGCAGCGCACAUUUUGCACCCGAUUGUUUUGAACCGAAUGCUGAAGUAAUUCCUGGUUUCAAGAAACGUAAAACGCUGAAGCUAUCAGCGGUGCCAACUAUGUUUGCUUUUCCAACGAAGGGCAACGAAAACAAAACAAGAUUGUCAAGUGUGAAACAAAUACGAAAUCGGACAAGAAAGGUUUGGAGAUUCUUGUCUCACAUACUGUAUGAUAUUUCAUUUACUAAUCAAUAUACAAACAAUCCUGGCGCUUUGUGAACAAAAUGUAUACACAAUGUUGUAAAUCUUGUUAAUAUAAGAAUAUAAUUUUAAUAUACAUUUGAAGAAUACUUCAAAAACAAAGUUUGUACAAAUUCAUUAUCUAGUACUAUUACAUUAAUUGUAACUUAAGGUUUGCAACAUUGAAGAAAUUUUUUCGCUCUAUAUAAAAUGAAUGUGCCAAAUAACAUGUUUUAUUUUAAUUUGAAAUUUUAAUUAAACAUUUUUACCCAUGAACUGGUUACAAUUUAGCAUUUGGAAACUUUAGGAUAUUGUUGUAUUUUGCCAGGGGUCAUUAAUAUUCAUGCUAAACAUUAACCAGUCAAAUAUUCUGUUUUAUUCGUUAAUAUUAUCAAGGUUGCAAAAACAUUGAAACAAGACAUAUUUGUUCUGGAUGCAGAUAGUUGUUAUGCAAAUGAAAAUAUAGAAAGUUCAAAUGCUGAUGUGGAACAAACUACCUGUACUUCAACUCGACAUAUUGAAACUACGACACAAGAUAAAGAGGUUCAGGUUCAACCUUCUAUUAAAACAUUUAAGACUGUUGGAACCCAAACUGAACAUUUACACAUACAAGGAAAUACAAAAAGACACCCUGAUGGCAUCAAUAAAUUAUUUCAUUAG